AUGGAACGCGCAAAUAAACCUACCGCCAUUCCUGUCUCCUCGCCUCUUCCGCAGCCCUCAAUCUCCGUGGAAGAGGACAAGGUCCAGGCGUCGCUAGCCUCCGGCGACUCCGUCAUCGUCAAUCUUUUGGGAGCCACAGUCGUGUCAUGGAAACUUGCCAAUGGCGACGAGCAGCUAUUUCUGAGCGAGAAGGCCGUUUUGGAUGGCUCUAAACCCAUCCGCGGGGGUAUCCCGUUGGUUUUUCCUGUUUUCGGCCCCCCGCCUAAGACCAUGCGACUUCCGCGCUUCCCCAGCACGGAUUUGCUCGUAACUCAUAUUGGGAAUUCCUGGGGAAAUCACUUCGGAUCGGAGGGACAGAAUGGCGAUAGCAGUGACAUCACAAAAACCCGCAUUCUAAACCUCCAAUCCAAAACAUACGUCGACAAAGUUCUCAACGCAUCAACCCACGUCGAAUCUUCCCGGGCCCUUGCAAUCACCCAAGAAACAGAUCGGGUCUAUCAAUCACUUAACCCAACAGUUCCAAUCGUCGUCGCAGACGACGACAACAACCCCGUUUUCUCCAUCUACCGCGAAUCUCUUAACGACAUCGUGGUCUGGAACCCCUGGAUCGAGAAGGCGAAAGGAAUGGCCGAUUUCGCCCCUGAUGACGGCUAUAAGAAUAUGAUAUGUGUUGAGGCGGGUUCAGUGGUGGGGUGGCAGACGUUAGAAGCGGGAGAGUCUUGGGAGUGCGGACAGACGGUGAAGAGUAAGCUUUGA